CGGCUUGCCGCAUGAAGUAACCCUACAGAGUCAUCACCAUCUGAUUGUCAACUCCGAUAUCACGACGACGCCGACGAUCGGAUCAAACUUCGCACGAUCACAGAACUGGGUUGCAGAUAGCUUGCAGUUUUUGCAUCGUCCUCGCCCAGCAUUGCACGCCUCACCACGAAUCAACAAAGAACCUUUGCACUUCACGCAUCAGGACCGUCAUCAUGCCUUACAAUCCACAAGUCGGAGAUGCAAUCUCCUCUCUCGACACGCCAUCCAUGAUAGUAGACCUCGAUCUCAUGGAACAGAACAUCCAGAAACUCAUGUCCCAGCUCCUCCCCGCCGGCAUCAACAUCCGCCCGCACUCCAAGACCACCAAGUCCGCGGUCCUGGUGCAGAAGCUCAUCGCCGCCGGCGCAAAAGGCGCCUGCGUGGCCAAACUCAGCGAGGCAGAGGUCAUGUGCGCAAAGGGCGUGACGGAUCUGCUGAUCACCUGCGAGAUCAUCGGGGCAGCCAAAGUUGCGCGGCUGGUGGCGUUGUUCAAGCGGCACAGGCAGAUCAGGAUCGUUGUGGACAGCGAGGAGGGGGCGAGGGCGAUUGAUGCUGCGAUUGGGGAGGCGGAGGUCGGAGAGCGCAUUUUGACCCUGAUUGAUCUCGACGUAGGGCUGCACCGGACGGGCGUGCAGCCUGGGGAGCCCGCGCUGCGGCUUGCGAGGACGGUGGCCGGGUUGCAGCAUCUCAAGCUCAUAGGUGUGCAGGGGUAUGAGGGGCAUUUGCAGCACGUGCAUGGCACAGACGAGAGGAAGAGGAUGUGUCUCGAGAGCAUGAAGAUUCUGGUUGACACCGCGGACGCGUUCAGGAAGGACGGGCAUCAGAUCGAUGUUGUCACCACUGGCGGGACAGGCACAGCAGAGUUCUGCGUCACGGUGCCUGGAGUGACGGAAGUUCAGCCUGGUAGCUUUCUGUUCAUGGACACGGAUUAUCGGAAUGCGGUGGGCACCAAGUAUUCGAACAGCCUGACGAUUCUGUCGACAGUCAUCAGCAAGCAGGGGCCGAAGAGCAUCACGAUUGAUGCGGGACUCAAGUCGCUCACGACAGAUAGUGGGCUGGCGGAGUGCAAGACGCUGGGGUAUACGUAUGGCGUUUUGGGCGAUGAACAUGGGUCGCUGUCUUGGACAGACGGAAAAGAUUUGGCUAUCGGUGAUCAUGUGGAAAUGAUACCGAGUCAUAUCGAUCCGACGAUCAAUCUGCAUGACUUUUACUUCGCGCAUCGGAACGGUAUCAUAGAAGAGAUCUGGCCGGUCGAUGCGAGGGGAAAGGUACAAUAAGUUUGGAUAGGAGAAAUACACAUCUGACGGAUGCUUCACAUCGAACUACUUUGGUCCCCACCGAGUUGGAUUCGACGAUGAGUCUGUGCCCAUGCUCAUACACUUCCAGAGGAAAGUUCGAUUUCCACACGCUUCACUUCCCUUCUCGAGCUCUUAUCGCCGUUCCACAGGCCUGUCCGCAAGACCCAGAGUCCAGAACGCUAGCACGAGGCGCACUGUUGAGCCAUCCGUGGUGUGGGGGGACACAGCGAGUGCGUUGUGGGAGGCAAAGGGGCCGCUCAGAACUACUCAACGCCUGACGAUGGCAGACCGGACAUCGGCCUUUGCCGC